AUGCACGUUUUUGACGAUAUUCACGGCUAUAAUAUAAUAUACGUCACAAAUGAUGACCAGGUCUACGGAAUGGGAACCAAUGUAUCCGGGCAAUUAGGUCUCGGCCACGCAACGUCCAAGAAAAGGGUUCACACAUGGGGCCGUAAUGGCAAAGGGCAAUUAGCGAGUUGCGGCAAUUAUCACGCGCUGGCCCUGACUGGGAAGGGCUCGGUAUAUGGUUGGGGCUUUAAUGGUGAUGGAGAAGUAGGUUGUGGCGUCACAGUGGGUCCGGUGACUAAGCCCCAAAAAUUGCAGUUCGAGCACCACCAGGUACAGUUUAUCAUUAAGAGUGUCUAUUGUAGCGAAUAUUGCUCGUUCGCUAUCACCAUGGACGGACUGAUCCUUGGAUGGGGUCAUAACCAUAUGGGUCAAUUAGCUAGACCACCGGUGAACUUACAACAAGCGCCCAACACCAUCAGAUUCUUUGAUGGUAAAAAUGUGAGCCAGCUCAGUUGCGGCUACGCUCAUGCCAUGGCACUGACGGAAGAGGGCUCGGUGUACGGCUGGGGUUGCAACACAAGCGGUCAAAUAGGUUGCGGCUAUACGUGCGCCCACAUUGCCGAACCGACUUUAUUGCAGUUUCGACAUAACGGACGUGAAUAUGAUGUUAAAUCGAUAUAUUGUAGUGGCAAUUCGGUCUUUGUAAUAACCGAGGACAAUCGUGUGUUUAGUUGGGGCUUGAACGAUUAUUUUAACCUCGGUCACAAUUCGACCGAUAUCUACGUUAAUAGUCCUCAACUCGUGGUCGAUAUUUUUGAACGUUUACCGAACUAUGGAAAUGUGGAGCUGAUUAAGCAUGUGUUUUCGUGGCAAAAUAAAAUAGGGGGAUUAGUGGCUAGUAUAAACGCGAACUCAGAUUUACCAGGGCUAUCCAAAGAAGCAGAAAAGUUAGUGAAAGUUCGAUCGGAGUUUGUGGUCCAAUAUAAUGAUUUCUGGGUGGAAAGCGAUCGCAUGUUCAUACAAAUGGAGUUAUGUUCCCGGAGUCUACAGAGUAUUCUCGACUCUAAACCGGAAGUGUUUGGUAGAGAACCGGAAGAGCCUAUAAAUGCAAUGGAGUAUUACAUGUCGUGUCAUAUAUUUUGCGAGCUCUUGGAAUGUCUGCAGUAUUUGCAUGGCAUAAGUCCACCGGUAAUCCAUAGGGACUUAAAACCUGCGAACAUAUUACUCGCCAUCGACUCGUCGAGGGGUAGGUUUUUCAAAGUCGGCGAUUUUGGCCUGGCUACUAUUAACGAGCACUACUCCGAAAAGGGAAAUCCUAAAUAUUUGGCACCCGAAGUGAAUAAUGAGAGUUUAUAUACGUAUAAGAUUGAUAUUUAUAGUCUGUCGAGGAUUUGUGAGCUUGAUAUAUUUGAAUUAGAUAUAAAUGCCUUAGAUAAGUAUGUUUAA